AUGAAGGAUGCGGAGAUCGUAAGUACACCUUUGGGGGUUCACUUCAAUCUCUCAAAGGAGCAUUCACCUAAGACGGAUGAAGACAAGGCAGCAAUGGCUAAAGUUCCUUAUGCAUCUAGAAAUAAGGAUAUUCUAGAUCUUCUAAGUAUCUAUGAUAUUUACAACAAAGGACAAAAAGGGUUGACUGAUUUGCAUGUUUGUACAUUUGCAGGGAUUGACAACAAUGAAACUAUAAAGAUUUAUAGAAGUGGGGGUGCAGAUCCUGAUGGAGAUAACCCUGGUGAUCUUUAUGUUACUAUGAAGGUCAGGGAAGAUCCUGUCUUCCGUAGAGAAGGAUCUGAUAUUCAUGUAGAUGCUGUCUUAAGUAUCACUCAGGCUAUUUUGGGCGGAACCAUUCAGGUCCCAACUCUUACUGGAGAUGUUGUUCUUAAGGUUCGACCUGGCACCCAACCUGGUCAGAAGGUGGUUCUGAAAAAGAAAGGGAUCAAGACAAAAAAUUCUUACACAUUUGGAGAUCAAUAUGUUCAUUUUAACGUUAGCAUUCCAAACAACCUGACAGAGAGACAGCGGGAAUUGAUUGAAGAGUUUACAAAGGAAGAGCAAGAUGAUUUUGAUGAUAAACAGAGAGCUGCAUCUGCUUCUGGUUGAAACAUUGCAAGAGUUACCAAUUCACGCUCAACUAGGCGGGUGUUGAAGUUUUGUAGGAUUAAGGAUUUGUAAUUUUUUUUCUCUCUUCCACUUUUUGGAGUGUACUAAUAUUUCUCAUCUUAAGUUAUGAUCAUAAUUCAAAAUUUUAAUGUUAGAAGGCAUUCCCUCUAUAGGCUAGUAUUCUAAUAGGUGCUGUGUAUAUAUUAACAUAAGGGUGCAAGUCACUAAAUGUGAUUCUUUUUCCUACUAUCACAUGUAAAGGAACCUUUAUCGUUGGGCCAUGGUAAACUAGAACAUAAUUUAUGCGUUGUAUCAUCUUAAACAUUAAGCAAUAUAUAGUCAUUUUUUGUCUCUGGA